AACCACUACGCGAGUCAACUCUGCAUUGGUCGCUGAAUAAUGGCGCGGUGAUACACGGUUUCGCUCUAACAGCCAAGACAUUCGAUACAUUGAAACAUCUUGAUUGAAAUUACACUGACAUGUUUAACACUGUGAGAAACUCUCUUGUAUCUCAAGUAAAAAAAUAUGGGCUGCGAACGUACAUACGACAAUCGUUAGAAACGGUUGCGAAUAAUUUGAAUCGGCGACAGUGUAAGGAGUCGUCGGACGGUUUCUCUCGACCAUGCGGCCAACCAACAGCAACAACACAUCCUCAUUUGGUAAAGGAUGGAGAGGUUGUACCUGGUAUACAGCUUUGCGAGUUCAAAGAGAGGCGGAACAAGCUGGUAGAAAACAUUGUUUUGCACGCCUGCGUCACGAAUUCAGGCAAAUCACACAUUGUUGUGAUUCCUUCUUCAUCCAAAGUGUACAUGUCUGACACAAUUCCGUACGUUUUUCGUCAAAAUACUGACUUCUUGUAUUUCACUGGUUGUCAAGAACCUAAUGGUAUUUUAGUAAUUAUUAUAAAAGAUGAGAGCUCCGUGACUAAUCUCUUUCUGACACAACGGGACGAACAUUCCCAAUUAUGGGAUGGCCCUACUACUGGAGCUGAAAUAGCACCCAAAAUGUUUGGCGUAGACGCAGCAUUUCCAGUAACAGAGUUUGAACAGUUCUUUACAUCGUUUAUGAAUGAGAAUAAGAAGAGUGUGAUUUGGUAUGACGCUGUGGACAUAGCACAGUUGAAUUUGCACAAAAAGUUGUGUGAGUUAGUGAAAACGACAGGUGGUCAAAUGCUCAUCUCUCCAACUAAUAUAAUGCACAAAAUCAGAUUAAUUAAAUCACAAUCUGAGAUAGAUUUAAUGAGAAAGAGCUGUGAGAUCAUUUCAACAGCAAUAUCUAAAACUAUAGAAAUAUCGAAACCUAGAAUGAGCGAGCAUCAUUUGUUUGCAACUGUAGAUUAUGAAUGUCGGAUGAAUGGUGCAGAAUUUUUGGCAUAUCCACCAGUUGUUGCUGCGGGUAAAAACGCUAAUAUUAUCCAUUAUAUUACCAAUAAUCAAAUAGUUCAGGAUGGAGAUAUGGUUUUGAUGGAUGCAGGUUGCGAAUAUCAUGGUUAUUCAUCUGAUGUAACCAGAACAUGGCCAAUUAAUGGAACAUUUACGCAAGAGCAAAAGAUCUUGUAUAGCAUAGUACUGGAUGUUCAAAAUAUUUUAAUUCAUAGACUGAAAGAGUUGCCAUCGUUAGAUCAAUUGUAUCAUGAUAUGUGCUCUUUACUGGGCAAAAGAUUACAAGAAAAUGGACUAAUACCGAAACAUUUGAAUAAAAAUGAAUUGUUUUCCGCGGUUUAUGCCUAUUGUCCACAUCAUGUUAGUCAUUAUUUGGGAAUGGAUGUGCACGACACAGGAAAGAUCUCUAGGAAUAUAAAACUUCAGCAAGGAAUGAUAGUUACAGUAGAACCUGGAAUAUAUGUAAAUCAUAAAAAUCGAUUUGCACCGCCAGAAUUUCAUGGUUUAGCUGUUCGCAUCGAAGAUGAUAUUUUAAUAACGGAAAAUGGUCCGGUAAUUUUAACGGAAAGCUGCCCAAAAGAAAUUGCUAAAAUAGAAGCUUUAGCGAGUCAACAUUUGUAAUAAUGAUUCUAUUUGUGUGUAAUAAUUAUACAGCAAAUUUUUAUGCAUUUAUAAAAAACUUCAAAGUG